AUGGCAGCAAAGGCGUCAACGUUGAAAGCUCCGCACGCGUGGUAUUCUCAUCCAGUGUAUGCAAGAUACUGGCAACAGCAUCAGCAAGCGAAGGCUUGGAUGCGAAGCCACCAGGUCGCCUACAGGAAGGCCGUGGAGUCCUAUUUCUCUUCCCCGUGUUACUUGGCUUUCAGAAGGUCUGGGCAGCAUGCAUAUGACAGCAGCAGGACCCAGACAUCCACAGUAGAAGACCAAGCUUUGUUCAAAGAAGAAGAGGCAGAAAGUGAGUCAGAGGAGGAGGUGGAAUACGACCUGAGCAACAGGGAAGUCACCGAAGAGCUCCGCCAGUACUUUGUAGAAACUGAGAGGCACAGAGAAGAGCGGCAGCGGCAGCAGCAGCUGGAGGCGGCGCGCCUGGACGACUACGUGAACGCCGACCACGGCCUGUACUACAAGCCCUGCCGGGCAGUCGGGCCCCCAGCCCAGAGGCCCGGCGAGCAGCGCAAAGCCGAGAUGCAGCAUUUGUACAGGGACAGCACAGCCAAGAUCCUGGCCAUGGAGGCUGCGGUGCAGCUGCGGAGCAAGCACUGUGACAGAAAGCAGCCCAGGUACUGGCCCGUCAUUCCCCUGAAGUUCUGA